CCAAUGUUAUGCCACAAAAUACUCAUAAUCAUUUACACACAGAGAUAGCUUUUAGUGACCUCUUCAGUUUAGUUUAAUUUAUAGUUAAGUGUGCAGCUGCGGGUGGCUGACUAGAAAUAUUUUGUGUUAAAAAUGUGGCUUCAAACAGUUUUCACUGCAGGAUUUAUCCUGUUGACCGUGGUAGUGUCGAUGAAACUAUUUCGUAGUAAAAUUUACAACAUUGCGAUAGUUCAUUUAACAUCUAAAUGGUACAAAGAGGUCCUUGCACUCGUUGAUAACAACACAAAGAUCCUUGAUAUUGGCAUCGGAACCGGUCAAGCAUUGAUCAAAAACAAAUCGGUACUGAUCGAGAAAGGGAUCACCGUCGAAGGAGUUGACUAUGAUUCAGACUAUGUAAAUGAGUGUCAAACGCAUAUUAAGGCCGAAGGAUUGCAAAAUUCUAUAACGGUGUGUCACAAGUCCAUAUUGGACUAUAACGGUGGACCGUACGAUGCUAUCUAUUUUAGUGGAUCAUUGAUGAUACUUCCAGAUCCCGUCCAUGCACUGAAUCACGUCAAGCGGAUGUUAAGUGAAAAUGGCAAAAUUUACGUAACACAAACAAUCGAAACGAAUCGGUCGAAUGUUUUGAGGCUGGUGAAACCGUUGUUGAAAUAUGUUCUAACGAUUGAUUUCGGAAAUGUGACCUAUGAAGAUGAUCUGCUCGAUGCAUUUAAGACAACGAAUUUAACAGUGCGAAUGAAUAAAGCGAUUUGUGGGACAUCGAUCGGAGACGCUCGAUCGUUUCGAUUGUUUGUGUUGGAGCCGAUGGUUGGCUGAUCGGUUUUGAAUGGGAAGUAGGAAGUUUACGGAAGUUAUUUAUGUAAAAUUUGUGUUGACUUUCAAUAAAAUUGUUGGAAGACUUA